UUGCGCAGUUAAUCACUUCCGCUUUCAUUUUCGCUCUGCUGUCAACAUGUGAACUAUCAGAACAAUGAAGAUUUCUAGGACUGUACAGUUAGGCGUGGUAGUCGCCAUUCUAGCCGCUAUAGUGUCCUGUGAGGACAAAGAAGAGAAGAAGAGGAAGCUCCAGAUCGGCGUGAAGAAGAGGGUGGAUCCAGAAAAAUGUACCAUAAAAUCAAGGAAGGGGGAUGUUCUGAAAAUGCACUACACAGGAACACUGGAAGAUGGCACAAAAUUUGACAGCAGCUUAGACAGAAAUGAACCAUUCAAGUUCACCCUUGGGUCAGGACAGGUGAUCAAAGGCUGGGACCAGGGACUUCUGGGGAUGUGUGAAGGAGAGAAGAGGAAGCUGGUGAUCCCGUCUGACAUGGGGUACGGAGACCGGGGAGCUCCGCCCAAGAUCCCACCCAAAGCUGUACUUAUAUUUGAGGUGGAACUUCUAGGAAUCGAGAGAAAUGAUGAACUCUAAUAAAAAAUGUGCAUGCAGUGCUAAUUUAUCAACCAGUGGCUUUAUCAUGUAGCUUUCUAAAUAUGUGAUUAUUCAUUUUUGUCUCUUUGAGAGUGGAAGUCUUUUGUUUUGUAGAUGAACAGAGAGAAUGUGUCAUUAGAUAUUUUAAAUUUUCAUUUAUCUCAAUUGUCAAAGUGAUGACACAUUAUAAUUCUUCAUUUUAUACCAUUGGAAUUCAAUUUGUAUUUAAAUGUUUACCAAAAUUAAAGACUUAACAAUUUA